AUGUACGCCGCUCAGAAUAUAACGCCAACAGUUUUGGAUGCUAUGAAUGGAAAUGUUUCCGAAUGGUAUAACGAAUGCGACAAUGCCAUUAGAAGGUCAGAAAUAGUUCCUGGAACUUACGAAUAUACAACUGCUGUUUCUUAUGGAAACGUAGGUGAGUUUGGAGAAGGUUCUUCAACAACAGUAGAUAUUGCUUGCGACAGGUUUCAUAUAAUUUCUAUUGACAACUCUUUCUUAUACGUGGAACAAGACAUUGAAAUAAAACCUUCUGCCAAGUUGUCUGACAAGAAAGGUUGCAAUGGAAUUUUCUAUGUCGGAUACCAAUAUGCUCCAGAAGUUUUCAUGGGAUAUAAGAUAUAUUCUAACUCUGACUUAGUUCAAACAGUAACAUGGGCAAACUAUGAAUGGUUCGCUUUGAGAAACUCAGUACAACCACAAGCUAGAGAACAAACAGACCAGUAUGCAACUAUUGAGAAAAUAAGAAGACUUGACCCUAACGUUCCAGGAGUUUAUGUUAACCUUUCUGGACAAACUGCAGCAGCAGUAACCAAAGUAAAACUGAAACUUAGAGUUCCUUUGUCAUCUUUCCUCAUCUUCAGGUUUUUAAGAUACUUGCCAAACUGGGCAGGAAAAAUUUCUAUCGAACUUACUCCAAGCAAAAAUAACUUAGUCAUUGCACCAACACAAGACCCAUUCACUCUUACAGACGUAAAGGGAGCAAAUCAAACGUCAUUCGCCGAAUUUUGCAAAGACAAAGUUGACUUAGACUUUGGUUUCUCAAACCUCAACACUGAAGUAAACUAUUAUUUCAAUGCUGCUGGAACUGCUUGGGACCCAGUUAAGUUCACAUGCGAAAAAUUUGAAUGCAAGAGAAUAGAAAGCAGACUUGCAGUCUAUAUGUUGGACCCAGAUAUUUCAAAUGCUUUAGCUGCCAAAUAUAUUGCAGUUCCACUUAUGUUCCCUAUACACCAAAUAUCUGUCAAAGACUUUGCAGGUGAAGUUGGAAA